AGAUUGAAUAACUUCGUGAUUUUAUUGGACGCCAGGGAGUUUGUAAUUUUCGUAAAAUAAGCAACGUAUAGAAAAAUCUAACGGAUUUAACUCGACGAGCGUAGUGUGACAAAGCAAAUGCUAUUUGAAAUGUAGUUAAUUUAAUAGUGACAGAUUGUUACUUAAUAAGUAACAAUUCAAGUUAUUAAAUAUUUAAGAUUGUUAACCGUUAAUAGAUAAUAUUUUUAAUUAAAUGAGCACUAUGUCGGAAGAAGAUGAGCGUAGAAAACGUUCAUUGGAGGCUGGCAGAGAUUUGUUGGAAAAAUAUAAAAUAACACGAUCAAAUAAAACACAAGGAAUGCAUUAUGUUCAAACAGAUGAACAGUCUGACGAAGAAUCUUAUCAUAAUGAUAAAUCAAUGGACCAAAGAGGAUCAUUUACUAAUGAAGUUAUGUCUUCAAGAGAUAUUACACAAAGUAGUGUUAGUAUGAGUGAAGGAGAAGCUGAUAGAGAUUUAGAAGGUAUGGCAGGACGUGUAGCUGAAUUAGAAGAACUAUUACAAGGUAAAGAAGCCAUUGUUGCAGCACUGAAUGCAGAAAUUGAUCAUUUACGAGGAGAAACGUCUUCUCCAAAUUCUUCGCAAAGUCACAAUAGCAGUAGCAGUAUUCCUAGUAGAGAUGUUAUAUGUUUAUAUCAUACUAAAUUACAAGAAUUUGAAAAAGCAAUUAAUCAAAGAGAUAAUCUAAUAGAAGAUUUGACGUCUUCUUUGGAACAAGCAUUGUCCGCUAGAGAUGCACUUGUAAAUCAACUUAAUUCUCUGAAUGCAGCAAGGGAAUCCAGUCCAAGAAGCAUGCAUAGUAUGAAUUUGCAAGAAAAAAUUGAUAUGUUAGAAAGUACUUUGACCAAUCAAAAAACUGUCAUAAAUAACUUGAAUUCUCAAUUGGUACAAAUUCAUAAACAUGUCCAGACAUUGGAAAUGGAAAAGGAAACGCGAAAUGCUGAGAUCAGUGAUUAUAAGAUACAAAUUAACAAUUUAAAUGAACAAAUUCGCGUUGGUGCUGCUGAAAAAAAUUUAAAUAUCGCAGAGAUGUUGGAACAACAAAAGCAAUACGAAGCACGUGUUGAUAAAAUAAAACAAGAUAUGCAGCAUAUUUUAGAGAAAUUUACAGCUGAAACCAAUACCAAUACUGCUCGACAUCAGCAGGAGAUAAAGGAUUUAACAACAAAACAUGAAAGCGAAUUAAAAAAUAUUUGUCUUAAAUAUGAAGAACAUUUACAGUCAUUGAAAGAAGAAAAUAAAUUAUUAGCUGAUCGUUUAAAUAAAGAAUUACCAGAUUUAGAAAGUAGACAUGCCAAAGAAUUAUCUGUUUUUCAAGCACAGUUGGCACAUUAUAAGAAAACUGUUGAGACUUUAAAACUUGAAUUAGUAAAUCGUUCGGAGGCUCAAAAUAGAGCUCAAGCUGCAGCUGAUAUAUUUAAUUCCAAAUUCGAAGAACUUCAAAUACAAGCGGAGAAUUCACGUCGCUUGCAGGAACUAAAUAAUUUAAAGGAGAAAGAAUUAUUGAAAGAACAAAUCGAAUUGCAUAAAAUUCAAUUAGAUGAGAUUACUUCCAAAUAUGUAGCUGCUACUAGUGUAUUAGAAUCUAAAGAAAGUAUGGAACGUUCAUUGGAACAGGCAUUAUUAAAUUCUGCUACAUUGAAACAAGAAAAUAAUGAAUUGAAAUUUCAAUUGGAUGACUUAUCAUCUAGAUAUACGGCUGCUCAAUCUCUUAUUGAAAGUAACCAAGUACACGAACGUACCAUGAGUUCUAGAAUAUACGAUUUGGAGAAAUCAUUAUCUCGACUCAGUGGUAUAAACGUUAGUAUGUUGAGUGAAUUAAAUGAAACAACUUAUCAAACUCUCGACGAAGUAACUAUUAAAUUUCAAUUAACAAAGCAUAAGCUCGAGGAAAAGGAAAAAUUGGAGAAAAAAUUAAUUGAAAAAAUACAAGAAUUAGAAAAUGACGGAUAUAAAAUGAAAAAAGAAUUGGAACAAGCUACUUUUACUAAUAAAUCAUAUGAGAAACAAUUAAAGGACACUAAAAAUAUGUGCGACAAAUUAGAAACUGAAAUAAUAUCAUUGAGAGAAUCUAAUUUGACGAAUUAUGUACCUCCUGAAAAUAUUACAAAUAGUGAUAGUAAAAAUGUAAAUGUCAUUGAUAAAAAUGAAUCUGUUGAAAUGCUUCAGAAAAUAGCGGUAUAUGAGAAUGAAAUAAAAGAAUUAAAACAGAACUUAGAAAAAAAGAAUAUUGAAAAUAUCGAUUGUAUGGAAAAACUAAAUGCUAUUGUGAAACAGAUGAAACAAUCAGAAGAUGAAUGCAAACAAUUGAAAAGUGGUUUAGCAGUAGCUUGGGCACAGUGUGCAGAAGUCGAGGAAAAAUUAAAUCAUACAUUAGCGAUGCAUGACAGUACCAUUGAUAUAUCUUUACCAUUAUCAGAAUUUUGUGCAGCUUUACCUAAACAUUUUGGAUCGAAUAAAAGUUAUAACGAUUUUACAAAUGAUACACAAAACUCGUUUAGUGAGACUAGCAAUUUAGAUAAUAUCAAGCAGCAAAAUGACGAAAAGAUGAAGUCUUUGCAAAAAGAAAUAACAAAUCUCACCCAAGAAAAUGAAAAUUUGUUUAAGGAAAUAGAACAUUUGUCAGAGAAGCAAUCAAAUUAUGAUGAGAUAUCCAAUAAAUUGCAUCAGUAUUGCGUUUUAUGUGAUAAGUUAGAGUCAGAGAAGCAAUCGUUAUUGGAUGAAAAUAGGAAAUUGAAAGCAAAUUGGGAAGAGAUAAAUGUGUUGCAUAAGUCGCUAGACGAUUUGCAAUUAGAAAGGAAUAAAUUACAAAAGAAUAUAAACAAUUUAAUUGAACAACACGAACACGAGAUAAAUGCGAUUAAAUCAGAUUCUGCUAAGGAAUUGAAAGCAAUGCAGACACUUUUACUUAACGUUAAAGAAGGAAAUAUUGGAUUAAAUGAAUUGAAGAAUGAAUUAGAAAUACGUCAUGCUAAAGAAAUGGAAGAAUUAAGAACAUAUUUUGAACAGAAAUGUUUGCAAAUGGAAAAACAGUAUUCCGAGGAAGUAUUUAGUCAGCAAUCAAAAAAGAUGUCUGACAAUGAUAGUGAAAUAGAAGAAUUAACAGAAGAUGUAUAUUUUGGAGGUGCAGGAGAUUGUUUAAAUGUUGGAAAUGUCUCUCGACAUCAUUCUAGAAGUGGAACACCUGUUGUCCCUAAGGAAACGAAACAUACGAUUUCUAAUGAAGAUUUGUCUCAUGUAGAAUCAGAACCUGAAACAAGUAUUAAAAUGCUUAAGCAACAAUUGGAUAAGAAAAAUGUAGAAAUACAAAAUAUUAAAUUGUAUUAUGAAAAAUUAUUAGAAGAUCAAAAAGAAAUACAUAAAAAUCAAUUGAAGGAUGUAAAAAUAGAUAUUGGUAUUCCAUUGUCAGCAAAGUCGAUUGAACAGUGUUGUCAAACAGAGUUUGAUACAAGAACGUUGGAAAAUGGUGAACUGUCCAAGUUGCAAGCUGCCUACAAUCAUCAGUUAGAAGAACAGGUGGCAUUAGCUAGGCUUGACAUUGUCAACGCUCUUCAGGAACAAAUUCAGGCACUUUUGUCAGUUGAAACUGAUACAGAAGAUAAUUGGCCAUCGGAAUUAUUAAUAUUACGAGAUAAAUUAACUAAUAAUGCUAAGCAACAAAUACAAGAAUUGAAAGAAAUUCAUGCUACUGAGGUGCUUCGUUUAAAAGAACAAUAUUCCUCCAAUUUAGCUCAAUUGAUUGAAAAGCAUAAAGAAGAGAUUAAUAAGAUUAAAGGACAAGAGAUUCCUGAAGUUGUUGACAAUUCUGUUGUUUCCAUGAAAAUUGGAGUUAAAGAAAGGGAUCACCUAUACAAAAUGUGCUUAACUCUUAAAAGUUUAAUUGGAGAACUGAUUAAAUAUUUUGCCGUUUGUGAAGAAGAAGUUAAUAAUACUCUUAUCAAUGAAGUUUUAAAAAGACAGAUACCUUCAUUACAUGUAGAAGAAGAUAAUUCAAGUACAGAAAUUGAUGAUUCAAAAGUACCUGAAGAAAAGCUUAGAAUUGUAACUGAAGUUAAUCCAAAUCUUCCAGAAGCAAAAGUUAAGAAGGUUCAUUUCGCUCCACAAUCAGAUAAAAUUAUAUCAAUUAUAAAUAGUGAUAAUGAGACAUUACGGGGUAUACUUGUUCAUAACGAAGAUAUAAUAGAAAAUUUACGAUCUGAAUUAAAUAAUAGUUUACUUAGAUUAAAAACAGAGAGUGCAGAAAUAUUGAAUAUUCCAUUUUCACCUGAUGAAAAAUUAGAAAUGUCAUCAAACAAUAUAUGGAACAAAAAUAUUAUUGAAGAAUUGACUAUGAAAUUAAAUCAUACUGAAGGUUUAUUAUUAAGUUACCAAGAAGAAUCAGAACAAUUGAAAAUGAAUAUUAUCGAGCUUCAAAGGAAAUUGAUUAUUGCUGAAAAUAAAAAGGAAAUUAUUACAGAAGGCUAUGGCGAACAUGAUGAAACUAGAAAUGACAUUACUCUUCAAGAUUUUUCACAAUUGCAAGAAAAAGCAAGGCAUGUAUUGUCCAAUGGCGGCGGUGAGGGCUCAUAUUUAUUGCAAUUGAUAGAAGAAUUGUGUAUACAAAGUGACAAAUUAAUGGAAGAUGCAAGAAAAGAAAAAGAAGAUUUACAACAACAGCAGGUGCCUUUAGAAUCUACUUCUCCUUCAUACAUUCACAGGGUUUGCUGUGGAAAGAUUGAAGCAGCAGACAAACAAUUAAAAGCAACACGAACAUUUUUGGAAGAGCAAGCAGCAGAACGCGAAGCUGAACGAGAUGAGUCUGUCAAACAAAUAAAUUAUUUACAAGAGCAAUUGAAAGAACGAGAACGUGAAAAAGAAAGAGAUCAACGUAUAACUUCUGAGAAUUCACUAUCACCCGAUUCAUCGACAGAAAUACCUGUGCUUCAAGUAAUCGACAUCGCCAAAACAGUGGAAGCUCUUGAAUCACAGAUAAGAGGAAUGUCUUCUUUAAUGUCCGAUACUGAAGCUAAAAUGUCUGAAACCGAAAGCGAAUUGAAAGCUGCGGUUGAUAAAAUUUGGGUUUUAAGAGAUAUUGUUCAUGAUUUGGAACAACAAUUGCAGGCAAAGAUUGAAAAAGAGGAAUCAUUGCAACUUCAAAUUACACAAUUGGAAGCAAUAAUUACUGCUCAGACAAAAAAUCAACAAGACCUUGUACAAGAAUUGGAUUCCAUCAAGAUGGGUGAAACUAGUAGACAAAUGAAUGAACACAUUACUCAUUUACAAGAAGAAUUAAGGAAGCAUAAGUUAAGCUCUGAACACUUUGAUGCUAAUUCUUCUACUUUAAAACAAAUGAAAAUUGAACUUCGAGAUUUACAAUGUCAAUUGGACAAAAGAAUUAAAAAUUUAGAAUCCCUACAUAUUUCUGAUUCUACCUUAAGCAUUAGUCAGAGUCAGCCAAGCGAAGAUGUUUCUAUCAGAGAACAAAUUGAUGCUACUAGAUGUCUUACGCCAGAUGAUCCUACAGCACUACCACUUUUACCUCUUGACGAAAUACUUACACUUAAAGAGAAAAUUUUGAAACAUGCUAGGGUUGAGGAAGCUGCUUUUAAAAAAAUCAAGGAUUUGGAGAUGGAAUUAUCAGCAUUGAAAAAUCAAAAUGAGGAAUUACAAGCAGAGCAAGAAAUAUUACAACAAACAACAUCUGAGCAAUUGUAUCAAAUGGAGGCAAUGCGUGGUCGUUUAGAACAACAGAAACAAAGUGCUCCGUUUGCCCAAAGGCAAGCAACAUCAAAAUUAGAACUAGAAUUACAUGAAGCUAACACGAAGAUUCAAGCAUUGGAACAAGUCAUUUCUGAUAAGGAAUUAGAGUUGAAUGAUGUGAAGGAACAACUGCAGAGAUCUAAUAAGUUAUUAUUGGAUAAAGAAGCAGAAAUUGCAAACGUUGUUCAAUUAGAAAGUAUAACGAUUCAGAAAUUAAAAGAUCGUUUAACUGUUUUAGAAGAGGAGAAGAAAAGUCUACAGUCAAAAGUUGGUAUUCAAGAACAAGCUCAAAUGGAGUUACCUCAAUUAAUAGAUUCAAUGCUAGCUGAUAAAAAUGAAGAAAUAGAUCAUUUGAAGGAACAGUUGGUUAAAAAGGAAAAACAAAUAGAAAUCUAUUCGUCCAUGGCAUUGGACGAUGUACAGCUUAGAGAGUUAGCUAAACAAGUAGAACCAAAAAAUAGUGCUCGUACUUUAAGCGACAUACUUUCUAUUCAUUCGGAGUGUGAAGAUGUUGAAGCCAUUAGAUGUGGUCAUAGUUUAGCACAUAAUUUACCUCAUAAUAUUUCUAGUUUCAAGGUUUCACCAGCUUUUCCAACAUUAAAAGAAGCAUUGGAUGCAUCCAUCAUGCCUUCGCCAGAAAUGAAUAAAAUAAGUGUGCAAGUGCCUUUAUUAGACUUAGAUUCAAAUUCUCAAAGUACGCACAAUCAGAAUCCACAUGUGUCUGUUGACAUUGAUUUACCUCAUAGCGAGACAGGAUCAAAAAUAUCUUUAUCGAACGUUACAAACGUAAUUGACACAACCAACAAACAGCCAUUUAUGGAAUCUAAAAAAUUAAUGCGUAGUCCUAUAGAAAAAGAAAUUUUAGAUAACAACGUAUUGUAUGCAAGUAAUAAAAAAAUGAACAACGAUAGUUCACAAGAUAGUUUCAAGUCUUAUAGAACGACUGCGACACAUACUCGAGAAUUUGAUAAUGAGACGAUGCAAUUACAAAUUCAACAUUUAGAAAAAGAAUUAAACGAGAUAAAAGAAGAGCUGGAUAACAAAACAACGAUGUUGGAAAAACGCGAGAGUGAAUUAUUAACUCUACGUAAACAAUUUGAUGAAUUGCAAUUAGAGUUAAAAGAAACAUGUGAAACGUUAACGCGUGAUAAGAAUUUUUAUAAGGAUCAAUACGAAUUGAUGCAAGCAUCUGAAAAUAAAAUAAGAAAAGAUUUAUUGCAAGUAGAAAAUACUUUAAAGUUAAAGAAAGAUGAAUUGCAGGAUAUGAAAGAUAAAAUACAAAUGAAUGAAAAAAUUAUGAUAGAAUUGAACUUCGAAAAUUCUAAAUUGAAGGAUACCAUUCAAAAUAAGAAUGAAGAAAAUAUACAAAAGUACGUUUCCUUGAUUCAAGAAAAAACACACAAAUUGCAAUCUCUUCGAGACAUUUUAGCGGAAAAAGAAAUCAUUAUAGAAACUAUCCGAACUAGAAACAUUGAAAUUGAAGAUGAAAAUAAGCAAUUAUAUGAAUAUAAGAAAAAAUAUGAUCAAUGUGAGCGAGAACUUGUGGAAUGUAAAAGUGGACUUCAAAGCUUAAUGGAUGGAUUAAAUAAUAGAGAUCAAAUUAUUAAAAGACUAGAAGAAAUGGCAAGACGUAGUAGUUUUUCAGGUACAUCCUCUCCAUCAGAUUGCAAAGAUCAGGAGAUACAUCAUCUUCAAGAAUAUUUAAAAGAGAAGGAUAAGGUCAUAAGACAAAUGAGCGAUGACAGUAGAAGUUUACAUAGAGCUUUAGAAACUAUCCAAAGUAAAAUGAAGGAGUCUGGUAAUAUAGUAGAGUUAAGAAAAAAACUCAAAGAAGAACAUAAAAUUAAUGCAGAAUUGAGAGAUACAGUUGAAAGGUUGACUAAAGAACUUGAAGUUUUAAGAGAAUUUUCUGCACGCCGUUCGCAGGAUGACACUGAUAUUGAAGAUAUGGUACAAAGAGAACUUAAUUUAUCAGCACGUUUAGAUAAACAAAUUAUGAGUGCCAUCGAUAGUGAUCGUGAAGAAAUGGUAUUGCAAGGAAGGGAAAGAGAAUCCGUUUCUCAAUGUUCUUCUCCUUAUAAAAAAAGAACUGAUGAUAACAAAUACGAUGUAUUAGAACGAAAAUGUACAGAUCUUAAAUUAAGAUUAAAAAAUACUGAUAAAGUUAAUGAAGAAUUAUUGAAAUUGAAAGAUGAAUUGGAAAUUGAAAAAGAAAUGCUUAAGUGUCAAGUGGCAGAGUAUGAAAAUAGAAUCUUCCAAAUCAAAUCUGAUUUGGUAGAAGAGUCAAAGAAAGUAACGGAACUUGAUAAAGAACUAUCAAGUGAAAGAAAUUUAGUACGUACUUUAAAAUUACAAAUGGAAAAGAAUGAGAAAACUAUGCAGAUGGCUCAUAUUGAAGAUAACGAACUUAUCGAGACCCUCCGAGAAAAGUUAAAGUCAUCGCUGGUUAUCGAAGAAAAAUUGCGUAAUGAGAUAUCAUCAAUGCGUCAAGAACAUAAAAAUUUAGAAAUACAAUUGAGUUCUAUGAGAGAACAUAUAGAGUCCCAAAAGACUGAACAAUUACCUGGUUUGGUAGAUCUAUUACAAACCGAGCAAAAGAAAUAUAUCGAAUUGGUCGAGGAGUAUGAAAAGGAGCAAAGAAAAAAUGUUGAAUUACGUGAUUCUUUGAAAAAAAUUGAAACUGAAAGGAAUCGUUAUGAAAAACAAUUGGAAGUGGUCGUUGAAGAGAAGGAAAGUUUAGUGAGUAGUUUGGUACUAGCAGAUGGUAUUAAAGAGCAACUAGAAAUAGAUAUAAGAAGAACUAAGGAAGAAUUAAAAGCGAAAGAGGAUGAAUGCGAAUGGUUACAGAAGAGAAUUAAAACAAUGUCAAAUGCUGAAGCAAAAAGGCAAGAUCAAAGAACUAAUGAACAUCACGAGCUCAAAGGAUUAAGAAGAGAACUUGAACAUACUAGAGAAGUUAUAAUAGAUUUAGAAGCUGAUAUGAAACAAUUGAAAUUGGAAUCUGGAGAACGCGAAUCAAAAUUGCGUCAGAAGUUAGAAAGUUUCAAGACUAAGGAAGUUGAAUUAACAGAAAAAUUAAGUUUAUCCAAGGACGAAGAAAGGAAACAGAAAGAGCUCGUUUUUGAAUUGAACCAAAAGUAUAAAAAUUGCGUUAAAAAAAUUUUAGAUCUUACAAAGGAAUUAGAUACUAAAUCUACGAAAGAAAAUAAUGAUCCUACUAAAUAUAUGAACAAGAUUAAGGAAUUAAAUGAAAAAUAUUCCAACGAGAAGGAUUUACUUCAGUUUAAAUUGGUCGAAGCUAAACACGAUAAGGAACAACUCAAGGAGCAGAUAAGAGAUCUACAAACGCAGUUGCAACUAAAUAAACAUUCUCUGCCUGCGAAUACAGAACAAUUGGAAAUUGUUGAUAAGGCGAAGCACAUUUAUGGUAAAUAUCUUCGAGCCAUAAGCAAAUGGAGAUCACUGAAAUAUCAAAAACGUUAUUUGCUUUGCGUUAUUGGAAGCUACGAAAUUUCCGAGAAAAAUACAGUUGCCAUACUUGCUCAGUUAACGAAGGAAGAAAGAUCGUAUACCAAAAGGGAUCAAUGUAAAAGGGGAAUAUUACGUUUUAGAAGUGUUGCUUUGGUAAUAAUUAGUAUACAUCGAAUGAAGUGGAUGAUUAUACGAUGGCGUACGGGUAGACGUAUAGGUGCUAACGUGCUCUUAGGAAAUCAAAAUCAACCAUUUGUACCUUCUAUUCGAUUACCAACAUUAAAUCAUUCACCACCCAUCAGGGAGAAAUCAAUAUUCGAGAAAGACUCCGGUGUUAAUAGUAAUAGCCUAGAACAAUAUUAUCAACGAUUGAAAAAUAUUCGACAAACACUUGGAUUAGCUAUGGGAGAGUCGAGAGCUGUUGAUGAUGUGUCAUCCGAAUAGUAUUAUAUAUUUUUAAUGUGUAUUGAGAGGAUUUGCGACAGAUACAUUGUGUUUUCUAUCUAUAGCAUACACACACGUAUACACACUCGCGCGCGAUAUAAAGUAUCGUGACUGUGAUCUUUGAAAAUUAAUUAUAUCAUCUUAAGAAUGUCUUUUAAGCACGCUCCAGAUUGAUUAGGAUUAUUAUAAUAAGAUUGAUAUUUUUACUCGAUAGCGUGAAUUUCUUUAUAUACAUACAUACGUUGACGACAUGUACAUUUUGUUAUUUCAUUAUAUAAUACUUCAUGUUAUAGAUGUCGCAAUUCAGAAAGUUUUUGAUAAGGAAUUUCACUAUCUGUCUCUCUUAUUCUCUUUUUCUCUAAUUGUAAGUAAAUAUUUCUUACAUUUUUACACGAGUGACAUGUUUGAAAGAGACUGUAUAUAACUUUUAACGUAUGAAUAUAUUAUUGAGAGACGUAUUGUUUUAAGAACGGUUCAAGAUUUUUACUUCGACGAAAAUAGAAAGAUAGAAAAGAAGAAAGAAAGCCAUAACUCUCUGUUUUUUUUAUUUUUUUUUUAUUUUUUUUUUUGUGUGAGAACUUUCGCUCUCUGCCUUUUGUGCUCAUCUAAUCGUGUCAUUUUACCAAAGCUAUAUAAUUUUAUAGGAUAAUUCUUGUUUGUAGGCUCACACACUGCAAGCCUCCUGAAAGUGCAAACUUGUGGCUUAUAGUAUAUUGUAAUAACACGAUUACUAUUUAUUUAUGAACUCUAUCUCUAUCUCUUUAUCACUAUAUUUCUCUCUUUCUCUUUCUCUUUCUCUUAUGAAGAUUUUUAUAUUGUGAAUAAAGAAGUUUUUAUAUAAUUUGACACAUAUGGGAAUUUUAUAUAGGACCAUUAAUAACAAAAAGAUACAAUAAUAUAGUGUCUUCAUAGCUCAGAUAGUAGAGCGCUCGCUCGGGAAGCGGAAGGUCCUGGGUUCGAGUCCAAGUCUAGACAACCGGAGCUCGAAUUAUUCAAUAGUUUUAUCUCGUAGAAUAAUUUGUGUAUUGGUAAGAUAAUCCUCUCUAACUUCCUUCUUGGAUACAAUAAUAUCUUUAUAUAUUAUAUAUAUAAAUAUAUAAAUUUUAUAGUAUUUCGAUAGAGGUUUUCGCAUCUUGAUAAAAGUUUUAAACUAUGUUUCAAAUAAUUCUUAUUUUUGCUAAUAAACGAUAUUGCGCCACAUAUUGUGUUAUUUGUUUUUCUCUUCGAAUAAUAUUCUCUUUUCUCUCCAUUUAAAAAGAAUAAAAUAAAAAAGGAAUA